AGCUCAAAUUUCCCACUUGGAUCACAAUGAAUGAGUUCACACUCCUCACACGAGAAGUUCAUCCUACAGGUAUCCCCUAUUGUAUCAAAUAAGCCGCUUUUGUCUUUUGGUAUACUUGUUAUUAAAGAGCACCCACAGGAAAAAGCUUUUAAAGGCUAGAAAAAAAUAAGUACAAUGCCAGUAAAAAGGGUUGUCCUGCUUUUAAAAUGGUGUUUUUGGUAGUUUUGUUUUAAAUGUGUUUAAAAGAUCACUUCUGAGAAAUGUCAGUAAUGGUUUUAUCACCUGCUGGUUCUUGCACUUGCUGGGUAAUGCUAAUAUUCCUGAUAACAAAAAUGAAUAUGCAUCAUAUAUUUGGCAAUUCUUUUUUGGGAAAAUACAACUAGGUGUAGAGGUUAUCUUAUUGAUUCAGCUUACAACAAAGCGACCUACCACUCUCUCCUCCUCUGUCUGUCUCUUUUGUUGUGGUUGCUGCCGAUGGUUUGGCCCACAAAGCCAGUCAUUGCUUGCCACGCUGUCAUAGCAACCAGGAAAUACUUACGGCCAUCAGUGGAGUAGUGUGUGUGUGUUAGGGGGAUAGAGAGAGCAGAACGUGAGUGGGUGUCCAGCGGACCACAACAACACAAGGGAGUGCUUUUCACCUUUGACUUCAAUUUUUAAUCUUCCACCAGGCUUGUGACUCAACAGUGUUUGUAUGGAUCACAGAUCAUGUAAUAUGUAUUUGUAUUAAUGUGUGACCCAAAGAAUGGGGUAUGUGAAUGUAUCUGGUGUAUGAUGAUGGUUAGUUAAUGCAACUCUGAGUGAAAUUAUAUGUAUCUAGAGAGAAUGAUGUGGUGUUUGUGUGUGUGGACUCAAAAACAGCUUUUUUUUAAAUGUGUCUGUGGACUCUGACAGUAACAACCGGCUCAGAUGGCUACCAGCACCGCAGCCACAACUCUCCUGCCUCCAGUGAAGAACGUGGUGGUGUAUAAGAACGGAGACCCCUUCUACAGUGGACGGAGGUUCGUGGUCAACCAGCGACAUGUGGCCACCAUGGAGGCCUUUCUGACUGAAGUGACCAAGAGCAUCGGUGCUCCGCUUGCCGUCAGGAUUCUGUACACCCCCAGACAGGGCCACAGGGUCACAGACCUCCAGGAUCUUCAGACAGGAGCCCAGUAUGUUGCUGCUGGCUUUGAAAGGUUCAAGAAACUGAAUUACCUGAACGAAAGAAUGAAAAAGCAGCCUGCUGCCCGUGAAGAAACCCAGGCCAAAGUAACCCAGAGGCCAAACGUUUCAGCCAAAUGGAGGAAGUUUAUACCCGUACCUUGCAUUAUACACGUUUUUCGUAAUGGAGAUCUCCUGUGUCCACCAUUCCGAUUCAUCCUUCCUCGGAGCAUGCGGCAGGACCUGGAGCAGAUCCUGAGUCUGGUCACAGAGAAGGUCAGCUUACGAACCGGAGCUGUGCGCAGGUUGUGCUCUUUGGAAGGAGCCACUGUGUCCUCAGCUAUGGAACUGGAGACCGGCCACUGCUAUGUUGCCGUAGGAACCGAGAGGUUCAAGAAACUUCCAUAUGUGGAGCUGUUGGUUUCAAAAGCUACCGAGAGAUAUUACCCAGGAAAGAGAAGGCCGUUAAGGGGAAAUGAGAACAGGAAAGCAGGAAGUGGUCCAGAAGACCAGUACAGUGACUCAGCCCUCCUCAACUCCCCAGACUCAGAUGGUCGGAGGGUGAAGUCGACAGGAGAUGAAGCUGCAGCUCCACCAGCCGCACAGCAGAGGGGCAGGAGAGAGGGAGCAGAUGAGACCUCUAUGUUCUUCGCCAGGCCGGUCAAGAUCCGCAACAACAGAGGACAGCCAAGACCGUUGCUCAGCAACGGAUCUGUCCAGCCCAGUGUGUUCAAAAGAGCAGCACGGAAGAGAAGAGAGGAGGUACGAGGGGCCGAGGAUGUGCACGAGGAUGAAAACACAGCAACAGAGCUUCCCGUUGACCAGAGAGUUGCAGAAAUAGUGGAGGAUGAAGAACUAAGCAACCAAAACAAUCCUCUGCACAACACACAGAGACAUGCACAAAUUAUAGAAAGUGAGCAGCACAAUAGGAUGGAACACCCACACAAACACAAUGAAAAGCAGGAUCUGUCAUUUGAACAAGAUGGUGUCAAACAGACAGAAAAUCCUGCUCGAACUGAGGAGUCUGCUGCUAAAAUACUGGAGCCUGAGCUGAAGCGGACAUCUUUAAAGUCAAGGCCUUCAUCGUCCACCUCUCAGGGAAAGAACAAGAAAGAAAAGGAGAGCCAACAGGAUUCCCCGUCAAUAACAGUAGAACAGAACCAUCAUCAGCAGGACUGGUGAAUGACGAGCGCAGAAGCUUCUUCACAUCAUCAUCAUCAUCAUCACGUCACAUCAUCAUAACAGCAGAUGACCCAGCCGCUGCUUCUGCAAUGACCUAAUGCAGCUAAAUGAAUGUUUGAUUAAAUUGGUAGUACUUUAACUGUGGUGAUGAGCCAAGCAACAUCAAUUCAUGCUGUUUUCUUUUUAAAAAAAAAAAAAAGUGUCAAAAUUGUGAUCAUGCUCAGACAAAAUAAGAACAAACACUACUGGAGAUGGACACACUAUUAUAAGCUCUACAAUAUUCUACAAUAUAGGCAGACAAAACUAAUCUUUUCUGACAUUAUAAGCUUCCCAAAGUUAGCGUUUGUUGUAUUGUACAGCUGUUCAUGAUGAGGUGCCCCAACCUGUUUUACAGGAAUAAUGCUUAAGCAGAUAUUGUGUGGAUGCAAUUUAUUCCAUAUACAUAAUUUAUUACAUAUAUAGAUCAUGACACAAAGAGUCGUGUUUUGUCAACAAUUUAUUAAUAAAAUAUCAGCCAAACAAAGUCAUUUGCACAGUGUUUUGUGUCAAUUAAAUACUGU